GAGUCUUUGACGUUCCAAUUUGUCAUUUGAGUUUAUUUUUUCACAUACGAGGAAAUGGACGAGCCCUUUCGGGACGACGAAAACGUCCCCCGGGUUGAGCGUCUUCGCGAAGAGUCUGUUCUUGGAGUCGACGAAUCCGGCGUAGAGGACACCGUCCGCCACCGCGAUGACCUCCGCGGCGCGGGGGUGGAGAUCCACAGAGCCAUAUCCGAGUCCUCCGGAACCACCAUGGGAACUGCAGCAAAGAUUUUCAGGAGAUCAAUCUUCACCCUUGUGCAGAACUUUCAAUACUUUACCACAACAGCAGCAUUUCUUGCCUUCCCAUAUGCAGCCUCGGUUCUCGUGUUCCAGUCGUACAUUCCCUUGUCAUCUUUGCUGGGGAUUAUCCAUACCCGAAUUCGCACUCUCUUUGACGCAGCAGGGUUCCCUUCUUCCUCUGAAUUCUCUGCAAUUCUCAGCGCGAAGCUCUCUCAGACCGUUGCCAUUUCUUUUCUUGCAUUGCCUUUGACACUCUCUUCUUUUCUCUUAAGCAAAGCCUCUGUUAUCCGAUCUCUGCUGGGCAAUCAAGAAUUGCCCGUUGAAAGAAUGUACAGUUCCCUCCUCCUGACCCAACUCUGCAACUCUCUGCUGGUCCUUUCUGCAAAUGCAGCUUGCUUUUUUCUGCUGUUAAUUGCCUUCAAUCUUUCUUCUCCAAGAUUCGAGCUUUUUGUUUCGGUUGUGGGAGCUCUGUUUUGCUCCAUUGUUCUUGCACAUGCUUUCAUCAUCUGCAAUCUUGCAUUGGUUAUAUCUGGGACAGAGACAACAGGAGGCUUUAUGUCCAUCCUCAAAGCAUGUGUUCUGAUCAAGGGAAGAACCACUACUGCUCUGUUGUUAGCCGUUCCUAUUAACAUGGCCUUGGCUGCAGUUGAAGCUCUGUUCCAAUACAGAGUUGUGAGGGUUCAUCAUCUUCAUGCAGAAUCUGGGAUUUCUUCCGUGGCCUUGGAAGGGAUGUUCAUUGCAUAUAUGUAUGCAACGCUUCUGGUUCUUGACACCAUUCUUGCCUGCUUCUUCCUCAGAAACUGCCAAGAAGUUUGUCAUAUAGGCCAUGACAGAAGAUUGGCUUCCCAAAUUGACAUUGAUCAGCAAGCUUUAAGGAGAGUAAAGAUUGUUGAAGAUCACCCCUAAUACCUUUGUAAUUUCGGGGUGGUUGGUUGGGUGGGGGGCUCAUUUAUUCACAAACAUCCAAUCUGAAACAGUUAUGAAGUUGGUUCUAAGGUGGAAUUAUCCCCCCUGAUCCCACCCCAUAUGUAAAUUAUACCACAAUACAAGAAAAUUGAACAGCAGUG